AUGCAGCAGCAAUACUGAACAUGAAGACAGGGAAACUUGCGUGUGGCAGCAGAAACCUCCUCGGUGCGUUCCACCUGUUUCACGUGUCUUGUGUCGUACACUGGUUUCUCUUCUGUGAGAGUGAAAUACUUGGGAGCAAGAUGGUGUGUGGAAAGGGGAAAAAGAGAUGCACAAAGCAGAGUGGUGCGAACAUGAAUGGGUUGGUUAGCAAUGUUAGCUGGCAAAUAUUUUCAGUGUUCUGUCCAGAAUGUCAAGGCACUGGGAUAAACAUUGAAGGAGAUGAGAUUGAGAGACACGUUUCCGCUUUCUCAGGCAUGGAGGUUCGGGGUGAAAGUGAGUGAAGGUAGAAAAGCAUGGAUGAAAAAUCCGGAGAAGUUAGAGAAUUGCUCAACAGGAUUUCAUUUUCCACAGCAGGAUAAAGAAUCGGUUAAAGGUCAGGUAAUGUUACUGUUAUUACACAACAUAUCCAUUUUGGUAAUUACAUUGGUUGUAAAUUGAAAGAUAAAAUGUGGGAAUACAUGAGGAAAGAGUGCAGAGCUUGAAACUGGUUCGUUUCUACCGAGUGGAGUUGUAAAGUAGGAAAGAAGCAAGCAAAGAUACACUCUAAAAUUUAUGUGUUUUGUGUAAAUAAGGAUUUGUCCGGCACUUUGUAAAUCCGCUAUUACAUUUGGUGUUGUUAUUAUUAUCUGAUUACUUUUACGGCUCAUUUUACUCUACAGUAAUAUUUAAAAAUUCUUAAAAUUAGAAAUUCUAAAACCUGUUACCGAUGUAGGCUGAUAGGCAAAUUCAAUUACAACUUUUAAAGCUAC